AUGGCUUGCAUGGUUAUUUUUGGAAAAGAAGAAAAACAACACAUGGAAAGCAAAAGGGAGCAAAUCAAUAAAGUGCUAAGUCCUGUGGCUGCUGAAACCCAGCCAGCACGGCUCUCCCGUCGGAGACUACCGCUUGGCUGCACCAGCAGCAGCCCAAGGGGACCACGGAACCGGCCCUCACGCCCUGAGGUACCUCGUUUUCUCACGCAGGAGAUGCCGGAGACCAGCCGGGGGAAGGGCCCCGGCACCCAGGGACGCGGGCGGGGAGAUUUGGAUAUCAAAACAUCGGGGACUGGCUGUGUGAAGAUUCAGAAAAUAGAAUGUGAUAACUGCAAAAUAGAAACGGAGAAGGGGACUAGUGUCUUGCAGUCAAUAAAGAGCCAUAAAAUUGAUAUACGGACAAACGGUGGCAAAGUAAUUGGUCUUGGAACUCUUUAUGGAAAUACAGAUAUUCGUGCAACAGAGAAGGGUAGUGUGAAUAUUGAGAAGCUGCAGGGGACAUCCAUCAACAUAUCUACUGAGGAUGGGCUGCUGAAAACUAAGUAUCUCUAUGCAGAAUCAUCAUCUCUGUCUUCAGUAGCUGGUGAUAUUCUGCUGGGAAGUAUUCAUGGUAACACCAGCCUUCAGACCAAAACAGGGAGUAUCACAGUAGAUUCAUCAGAUGGAAGUCUAAAAGCUUCUACGCAUCAUGGGGCAAUAGAUGUUUAUGUCAGUCAAUUAAGAAAAGUGGAUCUGAAAUCCCAGAAAGGUUCUAUUACAGUCAAGGUACCUGCCUCUCUCAAAGCCUAUUUACAGUUGUCUGGAAGAAAAGUGGAUGUGAGCUCAGAGAUCCAGUUAAAAGAAACACAGAGUGCCUCCAAAGACGAUCACGUAACUAUAAGUGGUCACAUGAAUCAAAGGAACGAAACGGACAAAUGGAUUAAGGCUGACACACAAAGCGGCAAAGUGUGUCUUAAAAGCCAAAGCUGGAUCCAGUCUGUCAAGCUGAAGAGUUCUUAAAGGUGAAAGAGGCCAAAGAGAUUGAAUCAAGAAAUUGUAAAGGAACAUUUCUGUAAAGUUAUGAAACUUUAUUGAUGCAUAUUCUUAAUAUAAGACGGAAACAAUAUUAAAAAUGAGGGCAUUUUAACCC